AAAUAAAAAUACUUAAUAAAAUAAAAAAGAUCAAAUUAAAUGGUACUAAACUAUAAGGCGGAGGUGCAAAUUUCUCUACUUUCUUGCAGUAGACCUGCAAUGCUGCUUGCUAAGCAGGGCGCGCAGACAAACGAAAACCUAAAAUCGGGCCCGCAAAAAUUGAACUUCACCUCCGUUGCUAUCAGAUUCACAUCCUCUCGACCUCCUCAUCGUAUCGGACUAGGCAGUUCCUUCUUCACUGCUUUGGGGGUUCCCACUUCCCACCUCUCUUUCACGGGUUUUGGCAAUAAUGUCCAAGUCUUGCAAGGGCCAUGCUGUGGAGCUUGUCAAUUGUCUCAGUGAAUCUGAUUGUAUCAAGGUUCAGAAGCGAUCCUACAGGGAAUGUGCUGCAGAGAAAAGCCCCUUAAAAUCUAGCAAAUGUGCGGGACUCAGGGAGACUUAUUUCAAUUGCAAGAGAGGGCAGGUUGACAUGAGAGCAAGGAUACGGGGAAACAAGGGCUACUAAAUGGAGGGUAAUCCUGAGAAAAAAAAAAUGAAAAAGAAAUUCUGAGAAAAUCCCUUUUAAAUUUACUUCUGACCAAGGUGAUCAAGUAGGCUCAAAGAUUUUGUCAUCAUUAAAAAUUGUUUUGGGUAGUUUUUCAGGUUUGUAUUUAUAUUAAUCAAUUUUUGUGAUGCCAAGCAAAAUAUUAUUGGCAAAGAGCUAACUGGAGUGCCUGCGCUUCAUUACAUUUACAGCUACAUUAUUCAAGCCACAAUCUUUUAUGUAUAGAGAUUCAAAGGUGCACCUUCAUAACUUGGUUGAGGUGGAAGAUGGGUUGAACUGAAGUAAGCAUCUAUGUCAAACUGGGGUUGAUUGGGAGCAUCAGUCACCCAUCUCGCAAUAAAAAUGGUCAAGAUCU